AAUUAUAUUUAUCUGUUGACGGUGAAGGCCAUUUUGAUACUUGAGUACGCCAGGAGACCUCUUCCCAAAAUCCAUUAACAUCAACUUCAAAACAGGUGUUUUCCUAUCUUUUUAUUUGGCAGAUCACAUAGAAAGGGCUAUAUGAAUAUCGGUGGGCAGCUUCCAGGUCAACUCGCCCAGGCAGACCCCUUUUCCAAUCAAAGUGCAGGGGAAACUGGGACAGGCUCAGACACUUUAAUUCACAUCCGGAUCCAGCAGAGAAAUGGUAGAAAGACCCUGACAACAGUACAAGGGAUCAGUCCCCAAUUUGAUCUGAAGAAAAUUGUCAAGGCAUUUAAAAAGGAGUUUGCCUGCAAUGGAACAGUAGUGGAACAUCCAGAGUAUGGAGAGGUUAUACAGGUGCAGGGAGACCAGAGACAUCAUAUCCGAGAUUUCCUUAAAAUGGUCAACAUUGCAGGAGAAGACCAGCUCAAAGUUCAUGGUUUCUAAGUUGUAAAUAUGGAGAGAUGCCAAAUCAUGUUCAUUGAUCGAGUUUACAUCAGCAUCAACAUCGAGAUGAAUGCACCCCAUGAAGGCUUGUAGUUGUCUCCCUUCCACUGGAAACAGCUAUUGCAUUUUGGUUGUAGGGAAAAUGCACAUGUUGACAAAGAAAAGAGAGCCUUAAUUUAAUUUUUAUCUAUUUACCAGAGUGGAAAAUUCAAAUGUGGACAUCAAAAAAUAUUUAUUGUUCUACUGGGCUGUAGUUAUGGAUACGAUAUAUUAUAAUGAGGCAUGAACAAAUUCUUAUUUCAAAAAUUGUGAACUUUGGAAUCAAUUAAUUACUCUUAUUACAGCUGAAAUUCAUAGCAUAUAAAUAAAUUUAAGGUAUCUUUUUGUUUUCUCGGAAAUUAUGUCUUACUGUGAUGUGAAAAUGCGAUUAGAAUAGAGCAAGUUUAAAUUCAACUUUCGAAACAUCAUGAAUCAUUAGUGAUCCAGGCCCUGAGAUAUUUUGUACAUAUAUAAAUAUGCAUUAACUAAUGUUGUCAUUUUGUCA